ACCGCCUCGACGGGCUCUCGUCUUGUCCGCUAGCUCCCUUCCACCAUUUCAACCCCCUCCUCGAACGUUCGAACCCAUUUCGUGCUUGUCCCGCACGCGCGCAUUCCAGCCCGCGCCUGCGGAUCGAGGCGGGACAGCGGGAGAGGAGGAGGAGCCUUCCUCUAGGGUCCCUGCGAGCCUGCGAUGGCGGCGGCGAAACUGACCCCUGACGCCGUGCCGGCGACGCUGGCGGGGGACAUCGAACUCAAGCCGGUUGUGCAGGUCGUCGACCUCCGGAGCAUCGCGGUCAGCGGCCCCCCCGGCGCGGGGCCCAGGUUCCGCGCCAUCGUCUCCGACGGCGUCGCCACGACGCCCAUGCUGUUCGCCGCGCAGCUAUGCGACCUCGCGCGCUCCGGCCUCGUCCGCCGCGGCGCGAUCGUGCAGCUCCUCGAGUACCUCGUCAACAACGUCGGGGGCAGAAGGGUUAUCGUUGUUCUGAACAUGGAGGUUCUUGUUCCAGAGUGUGAGAUUAUUGGGAAUCCAGUAAUACCUCCUGAACCUGGAGUCCCUAAUCCAAAUUUCAUGGGAGUAGAUCAGUUUAAUGGAGCACCUCAACAUGGUUCCAUGGCAUGGAGUACUUGUAACACAGUGACAAGGCCCACUGACAAUGCUCCAGGUAUCCAGCGUUCGAUGGCAGGGAACUCUUCGAACAUGGUCACUAGGCCAAGCCACAAUGCACAGGUCUUCCAACCAACAGUACAACCAUCCUAUCGCCCUGCACCCAGUUACAGAAACCAUGGCACAAUCAUGAAAAAUGAAGCCCCUGCUAAAAUAAUACCCAUAUCUGCUUUAAAUCCUUAUCUGGGUCGCUGGGCUAUCAAGGCUCGAGUUACUGCCAAGGGAGAGAUCCGCCGGUACCAUAAUGCAAAAGGUGAUGGCAAAGUGUUCUCUUUUGACCUGCUUGAUUCUGAUAAUGGUGAGAUACGGGCUACAUGUUUCAAUGCCCUUGUUGAUCGCUUCUAUGAAGGUGUGGAAGUUGGUAAGGUCUAUGUGGUCUCAAGAGGAAACUUGAAACCUAUAAAGAGGGACUACAACCAUCUUAAUAAUGAGUGGGAGAUUUUCUUGGAAUCUCAGUCAACCAUUGAGCUUUGUCCUGAUGAGAAUAGCUCCAUUCCCGCCCAGCGGUUUAGCUUCACACCAAUUGAUAAAAUUGAAGAUGCGCAGAAUAAUGCUAUCAUUGAUGUCAUAGGUGUUGUUACAUCUGUCAACCCUUGUACAACAGUACAGAGGAAAAAUGGCAUGGAAACUCAGAAAAGGACCAUUACCCUGAAGGAUAUGUCUGGUCGAAGUGUUGAGGUUACCAUGUGGGGUGACUUCUGCAACAGAGAAGGCUCGCAACUGCAAGGAAUGGUUGAAUGUGAGGCCUUUCCUGUACUGGCUGUCAAAGCUGGAAAAGUGAAUGAUUACAGUGGCAAGUCUGUUGGCACAAUUUCGUCAUCUCAACUCCUCAUGAACCCUGAUCUUGCUGAAGCUCAUAGUCUCAGGAAGUGGUUUGAGUGCGGAGGAAGAGAUGCUUCCACUCAGUCCAUAUCCAGGGAUUUCACUCCUGCAGCAUCAAGGAAUGAGAUCCGAAAGACAGUAGCACAGAUAAAGGAUGAAAGUCUCGGAAUGGGGGACACACCUGAUUGGGUCACAGUAAAGGCUACAGUAAUAUUCUUCAAGACCGACUCCUUCUGCUACACAGCUUGCCCCAAUGUGGUUGGCGACCGGCAAUGCAAUAAGAAGGUGACAAAGUCUGACUCAGGCAAUUGGUUCUGUGACAAGUGCAACCAAGAGUUUCCAGAGUGUGAUUACAGGUAUCUCCUUCAGUUACAGAUUCAAGAUCACUCGGGAACAACUUGGGCGACAGCAUUUCAAGAGUCUGGACAGGAGCUACUUGGUUGCUCGGCGCGAGAACUCUACAUGUUUAAAGAGAACGACGAUCCUCGCUAUGCAGAUAUUUUGCUCCGAUGCUUGUAUUGGGAUUAUUUGUUGAGGCUGAAAGUCAAAGAAGAAACUUACGGCGAUGAGCGACGAGUGAAGAACACCGUGGCCCAAGUGGAGAGGGUGGAUCCUUCGGCUGAGAGUAAAUUUCUGCUUGAUCGCAUUUCAAGGUCGAUAGCAUCACAUUAAGAGCUUUAUUCUGCAUCUAGCGACUGCUGGUUCAUGUGUUUACAUCCCUAAGAGGUGUGUUAGUGUCAAUAGCUCUCACUCUCCCACCCCUAAGGUCUCUUUGCCAAAUUAGGCAAUUUUUUUCAUUCAGCACUCUUGUUCAGUAGAGAUUUUCGGUUUUGGCAUGUGCCAGAUACGUUAACCAUGAAACCUGUAAUGUCUCGGCUGCUUAUAGUGUUCCUUUAUUGUUUAACUGAACAAUCUGCUUGUACCUGUGGUUUCCCGUGAACUAUUAUAUUUGUACAACCCCUUUUAGCCAAA